AAUAAACGAGUAGUGAGUAUUGCCACUUUGCUUGACAGUUGACAGCCCGUAAUCCGUAUUAUUAUACUUAACUACCUUUUGCUUGACAUAAAGGGUCCUGAAAAUUUUAAAAACAUUUAAAAUGAAUUCCAUGCUAAGAAGAAGCAUUUACCCAAUUUAUACUAAUACAUUUAAAAUAACAAGUCGGCUUCUUGCGGAUGCUGCUGUAAACGAGAAAAUUGAUAAAAUAGUAAAAAAUAACAAAGUGGUGGUAUUUAUGAAAGGAGUCCCAGAUGCUCCUAGAUGCGGAUUUAGUAAUGCUGUUGUACAAAUCAUGAGGAUGCAUGCUGUUCCGUACGAAAGUCAUGAUGUUUUAUCAGAUGAAAAUCUUAGGCAAGGUAUUAAAGAUUAUUCCAACUGGCCGACAAUUCCCCAAGUAUUUAUUAAUGGAGAAUUUGUUGGAGGGUGUGAUAUAAUGUUGCAAAUGCAUCAAUCAGGAGAAUUAGUUGAAGAAUUGAAAAAAGUUGGAAUCAAAAGUGCAUUACUCACGGCAGAAGAAUCAAAGAAGGAAGGAGCAUAAAUACAGAAAUCAUGUUUAUCAAUUAUGAUCUGAAAUUGAUGCUUGGUACAAUAUAAAUAUGAAGAGACAUUCAGCUCUGAAGAAUGUUAAUAAUUUCACAAAUUUAAUUAAGACAAUGUAAUAUAUCAUUUUUAUAAGCUUCAGGUCUCUUUGCAAUAUCAGUAUAUUUCUUAUAUUGCUAUAAUUUAAAAUGAAUUAAAAUAGUCUUUAAAGACAAAUGUAUGAGAGCACAUAGUUCAGACCUGUAUGUAAACUUUUUAAAUUAGUAAUAGAUUGUAAUAUUAUAAUAGGUUUGGUUGUUGAUAAAUAAAAUAAUUUUUGUUUUAA